AUGAUGGCUCGCGAGAGUGUCUUGCACAAAGAGAAAGGUUGUUCGGUGCAAGUGGGUGGCUCUGACCAGAUGGGUAAUAUCAUGGCUGGAAUUGACCUGAUCCGACGACAAAAGGCAGCGCAGCUUUCCAACAGAGCUGAAGUGUGUAUGCGAGAAGACCCUGCCUACGGCUUGACACUUCCACUACUUACCACCUCAACGGGUGCCAAGUUUGGCAAAUCUGCUGGAAAUGCAGUUUGGAUAUCUUCAACUAUGCUAUCAGAUUUUGAUUUUUAUCAAUACUUUUUGCGCAGCACAGACGAGGAUGUGGAACGAUAUCUUCUGGCCCUUACACUCCUCCCUAAAGAAGAAGUUCAGCAGAUUCUUUCAACGCAUGCUGAAAACAAAGCCAAGCGAAUUGCACAAAUCCGCUUAGCCGAAGAGAUGACGGAGCUAGAUCAGUUCAUGGACUUCAUGGCGAACCAUUCCAUGUUACCGAACGAUUUCGGCGGCAAUCCUUCGCAUUAG